AUGCGCCUUAUGGGGUGCGUCGGCGCAGGCGCAGAUGCCGAGGGCCGAGAAGCACGCAAGGUCAACAAACAGAUUGAGGAGCAGUUGGCCAAGGAUAAACAGGUACGUACUUUCCAAGACUGUGGUAUCGGCAAAAAUUCAUGAUGGCUUCAGUUGUGCACCUCGCUGCCAACUUUUUGUUAUUAUAAUCAUAACAAAUGGAGUUCUGUUUAGAAAUUGUAUCCGUGCUUCAAAUCGGCUGCAAACGCGCUAAUCAUAUGACAUAUCUUGCCAAACUCGCGUGCUAAAAAUAGCUCGCCGCUCGAAUCUCUAAUCCGACUUUUUGUAAUGGCGCAUGUGAGUGUUACUCACUCGCUCCAUUCCCACCCGUCUUCUCGCUAUCCCAAUUCAAAUGGGCGACUGGGAGCACCUUCAAAGUUGCGUCAGCAAUGCUCCAUGAAAUGGGAAAUUUCAAUGUUUUAGAGUUGCACCGGAAACAAUGAAAAUAGCGCUACGCCUUAACGGGUGGGCUAUUAUUAGUCGACGUCUCCUUUUACGUUUUAGAAUCUUGAUAGAGCAAUAAGAGUAUGCGCUCGUGCUCUUCACUUCACUGCUAUUUUUGUGCAAUGAUUGAUAUUUUUUAGUAUACUCUUGAGACCGAGUUCACCCCGAAAAAGGGAGAGACAGCCGGCUCGCGACGACCAGUCCGAUAAAGGUUACGCGUAAUAUGUUUCACGAUGACAUCAUUGGUAAAGGUGUGCUCAGCGAGAGGUCUUCUGAAAGCCAUCAUGAAUUUUUCUUAGUGGUCAUUCCGUUUGGUCGUCGUCGUCGUUCAGUAAGUGGUGCCCCUCCGUCUCAGUGCGCCCUAAUUCUCCUUCCGAUCCCCCAAAUCUAUUGUGGCGUCCGGUCAAGACAGAGCGCAUUGCCAUUAAACCGGUAAGCCUCCGCCCGAAGCCGGAGGCUAGCAACACAUUGUUGAAAUAUUGAUCGAUAGAGGAAGAGGAGGAAGAAGAGGCGAAGGCACUGCGGGGCGGGCUGCGAAUUUCGGAGGCCAGGCGGCGAGGGGCGAAGAGUUCGUCGCUGCCCUGAGGGCCGCCGGCAACACGACGACAACGACCGAGCGGACGAUGAACAAACGCGUUGUAACAGAUCCCCGGAGCCAUCCGUACCCCUGUUUGUAGGUGAUGCGAGCGACCCAUCGGCUGCUCUUGCUCGGCGCAGGAGAGAGUGGCAAGAGCACAAUUGUGAAGCAGAUGCGGAUCCUUCAUAUCAAUGGAUUCAACGAAGCCGAGAAGAUGGAGAAGAUCAAGGACAUUCGAAGGAACGUCCGCGACGCCAUGCAGGUCCGUACGCUCAGCUCAAGGGGAAGAAUAAUUCACAGGGCGACACAAGAUAUAUCGUCAGGGUGUUUUGUUGACAGGUCCUUUCAACUGGCUGAACAUAUCCAGCCUUUUCUGAUAAUAACUUUAGGAGUGCUGAUGCUGUCGGUUCGCAUUGAUAAACAAAUCAAGCAGCAGCACCCUCUCUCGGCGCAACCAGGCGCCCAUUGAUAGCUUGGUGCUGGAAACCGGGAGAAUCUAUUUUUAGACAUGCCGCUUACUGCCCGCUUAUCGAUUUUAAGGCAUAUAAUGCAUACAAAUGUGUCAGCUGGCUGAUAUUUCUCCUUUGCGGACGGCGCUUUCCGAGACGCGAAUGAGUGUGCCUCGAGUGUCUUUCUGUCUGCGAGACUAGCGCGCCGUCGGCCACCGCCAGAAUUUCCUCUUUCUUCUUUCUUUCGUUGGCCGGCCGCGCCACAGCAGCAACCCGCGCCGCCCCGCGCAAGAGCCGCCCUUCUAUUUCUUCUCCUUCCCCUCUUCACUUCGAUAUAUAUAUAUGCUGUGUGCAUGUGCACUGCAACUGGGGGAGAAGGAGGAGGCGCGAAAUAGAAGGGAAGUGUGAUUUUGUGGGAGACAUGAGUGACAGAGAAGACGAGCAGUUUCCUCUCGCGAUGAUUAAUUGGAUUUCACUGAAAGCAGCACUUUUUGGUGUGCGUCCGAUUAUGAUUGGAUGAGUCGUCUGGGCAGUUGCAGUCACAGAAAGCUCAUGAUCGGGUUGGAUAGAAGCGCAUUGGACAUGCACACUCGAAAUCUCCGGAGAGCACUUGAAAAUAUUGCAUAUUUUUGGGCCUCAUUUCUAAUUGUUACUCCUUGCCUCCUUAUUUCGCGUCGUCUCGCACGCAAAAUAUAUAGCCUUUGGAAGAAAGGGAAAGAUGACUGAAUAGGGUGUCGAUUUACAUUCAGAAAAGGAAAAAAGGGAGCACGGAAGGAGGAGAGACACCCGAAUUACACUGAGAUGAUUGCAGGUAAUCUUGCGGGCGAUGGCCGAAAUCGAGCCGCAUGUGUCGUUGGACGACCCGAGCACGGCGAUUAGCCGCGAUUAUGUCCUUGGAGUCAUCAACGAUCCCGACGAGAACUAUCCAUCUGUUAGUUUUUUAUCGGGAAAAACCAACCCCUAAGUGAGAAAAUAGGAAAACGCGGAGAUUUGAGAUCGACACGGGUUGAGAUUGAAAAUACGACGAAGAAACUAAUAGUUAUUCAGGGUAUGAAAAAAUGUGCUUUUUCUUCGUUUUUUUUUGCGUCAAAAAACCCAAUUCAACGAUGUAAAAAAACGGAAAAGAAACAUACGCUUAGUAACCCCAUAAAGAGACAGCGAGAAAGAAAUACCAAUCAAAAACAGUAAACGGAAUGGUCAUCUGAACUGUUUGCGUCAAUUAUCGAAGAAUAAGUAAAAUUAAAAUGUUUUGAUAGUUUUUCUCUUUGAUUUCACGAGGAGAAUUUUUAAAAUUACAACGUUUUUAAAGAUGCAAAAAAGCCUUGUACGCAAUUGCGCGUGUAAUAAGAUGCUAUUCACAAACAAAUUUCUACCCUGCCUCUCUGAACUUCUGAAAACUUUGAACCACUGUGAAUGAAAGACAAAAUCAGAUUUUUGCUUUCAGGAGUUCUACGAUCACGUUCUGAAGUGUUGGAGAGACAAAGGAGUGAUGGCUUGUUUCGAAAGGAGUAGUGAAUAUCAACUGAUCGACUGUGCAAAAUAGUGAGUUCGCUUACAGUAAGAUGAAUUUAACCGAUGACCGAAUUUGCAGUUUCCUGGACAAAGUAGACGUUGUAAGGCAAAGCAACUACGAUCCAUCCGAGCAGGACAUCUUGAGGUGUCGUGUCAUGACGACAGGCAUCUUUGAGACAAAGUUCGAAGUAGAUAAAGUCAGAUUCCAGUAAGUUCAAAGAAUAAAUGAUUUCGUGUAGACGAACUCAUCCUCAAAUAUUUUCAGCAUGUUCGAUGUGGGAGGCCAACGAGAUGAGCGCCGAAAAUGGAUUCAAUGCUUCAACGACGUCACCGCCAUCAUCUUCGUCUGCGCUUCUUCCUCUUAUAACCUCGUGCUUUGGGAAGACAACACUCAGAAUCGGUGAGUUUUCAUAAUUGUUUCCCCCAUCUCAUUUCCUUUCUUUUGUAGACUACGCGAGUCUUUGGCGCUGUUCAAAAACAUCUGGAACAACCGUUGGUUGAAGACCAUUUCAGUCAUUCUCUUUUUGAAUAAACAGGAUUUGCUCUCGGAGAAGAUCCGUGCAAAGCGGUAUCUGCUCGAAUCGUUCUUCCCGGAGUUCGAGGGCUACAAUCUGCCGACGGAUGCGGUUUAUGACAAUCAGGAGGAUAAAGACGUCGUCAGAGCGAAGUACUUCAUUCGAGGAGAGUUCCUGGUACGUCGGGUUGGAUUACACUGAAAGGCGGAAAUAAAAAAGUAGAGUGCAGUUACUGUACCUUUAAAAGUUCAUUUAUUUCUCCACAAUGAAAUUCGGUUUUUUCUCAGAGAAUAUCAACGGCGAACAGCGACGGACGCCACCACUGCUAUCCGCAUUUCACGUGCGCCGUCGACACGGAAAACAUCCGAAGGGUGUUCAACGACUGCCGCGACAUCAUCCAACGCAUCCACCUGCGGCAGUACGAGCUCCUCUAA